GUGGAGCUGGGGCGGGGUGGGCUGGGGGCGAGCGGGGUGCCGCUUGCCGCUUGGGUCCGCAGGUCCCUAAGCCCCCGAGGGAGGGGCCUCCUGAAGACGGUGCCUGCCUCGGUUUCCCCGCAGCUUUUUGGCCAGCGAGCGCGUCGGCCCCGGCGAACUCCCAGCAACGCCCCGGAAAGGCCGUUCCGCCCCGUGAGAGAAACAGAGACGUUGACCAUGGUUGCAACGGGCAAUCUAAGCAGUAAGAACCCGGCUAGCAUUUCAGAGUUGCUGGACCGUGGCUUCCACCCGGGGAACCUACUAAAUGAUUUUGACUACUGGGAUUAUGUUGUUCCUGAACCCAACCUCAACGAGGUGAUAUUUGAGGAGACGACUUGCCAGAGCUUGGUUAAAAUGCUGGAGAACUGUCUGUCCAAAUCAAAGCACACGAAACUCGGUUGCUCGAAAGUCCUUGUUCCUGAGAAACUGACCCAGAGGAUUGCUCAAGACGUCCUGCGGCUUUCCUCCACCGAGCCCUGCGGCUUGCGGGGCUGCGUUAUGCACGUGAACUUGGAAAUUGAAAAUGUAUGUAAAAAGCUGGAUAGGAUUGUGUGUGAUUCUAGCGUGGUGCCCACCUUUGAGCUUACCCUGGUGUUUAAGCAGGAGAACUGCUCGUGGACGAGCUUCAGGGAUUUUUUCUUUAGUCGAGGUCGCUUCUCAUCUGGCCUCAGGCGAACUCUGAUCCUGAGCUCAGGAUUCCGACUUGUUAAGAAAAAGCUUUACUCCUUGAUUGGUACAACAGUCAUUGAAGAGUGCUGAAAGGGAAGCACUGGAAGGGGUCCUUUUUAUGACCGGGUAAUAAAACUUCGCAG